AUGGAUUUAACAUCUACUAGUGAAGAUCUCGUUGAAGAGAGAGAAGAGCUGAUGGUGUUUCCAAGUGAGAAUCAUAUCAUCAAAAAAGCCCGUUUUCUAAAACCACAGGUCACCUCCAAUGAUGGGUCUGAAGCUAGGCUCCGUCCAGCUCCUUCUCCUACCUUAAAGGCGUCGUCUUUGUGUGUUUCCUUCUGUGGCUGGAGGUUACCGAACAAAAGAUUCAAGUAUUGGGCUCGAAAAAUGGCUGCUUUACACAAACCCACUUGGAUAAAAGCUGGGAUUUUUGAAGCAAUCGCAGCAUCGACUUACAAAAUCCAUAAAGAUCCGUCUUUGAUUCUCUCCCUCGCUCAAAAAUGGAGUCCAGAAACAAAAUCCUUCUUUUUCCCUUGGGGCGAAGCAACGAUAACCCUAGAGGAUGUCACCGUGCUUCUGGGUUUUUCCGUUCUGGGUUCCUCUGUCUUUGCUCCUCUCGAAAGUUCAGAGAUGGAAGAAGCCGUUGAGAAACUGGAGAAACAAAGACGGGAGAGUAUAACGCAGGUUUCAUGGAUUUCGAGCUUUGUAGAUGAACCAUUGGAGCACGAAGCUUUCCUUGUGCUAUGGCUUUCGAAUUUCGUGUUUCCUGAUGAGCAUCGCCGUUCGAUUUCGAAAGAUGUUUUCCCAAUCGCCGUUCGUCUAGCUAGAGGUGAAAAGAUUGCUCUGGCUCCUGCUGUUCUCGCUUGCCUAUACAGAGAUUUGGGAAAAAUCCAUGCUUUAGCCUCUACAGAGAAUGUUAAGCUUAGCUCUCUGUUUAAAUUAGUGCAAGUGUGGAUUUGGGAGAGAUUCAAGAGCGUAAGACCAGAGGCUAAAGCUUUACCAAAGCGUAAUAAACCAAGGAUUGCUCAAUGGAGUGGUGUGAAACAGAGAUUUGACAACGUGGGACUGUUUCUUGCUGAUGAUUUUGAUUGGCGUCCGUAUACUAAACCCUUAGAGAAUUGGAACCCACCUCAGUUUUACAUCGAAGAAGCUAAGUGUGUGAGGAUUGAUGAUGAUGAUGAGUUUGUUUCGUUUGCUCGAUGUGUGAGAGUUUCUCAGCUUGUUGGGAUCGGUUGUAUGGAGAACUACUAUCCGGAUAGAGUGGCGAUGCAAUUUGGUUUGGCUCAAGAUCUUCCUGGUUUGGUUACUAAUCAUAGCGGCAGCUUCACAAAAAAGGAAGCUUGGGAGGAUUACAAUAGGUCUGUUGAUGGUUCAACGCUAUACAUUCCUUCUCGCCUUGCCACAGGUUCCGUUACUGACAGGUACAGAGAAUGGUGGAUGAAAUCAGUUUCCGAAAUGGGGGAAGAAGGAAGCGAAACUUUCAAUGCAGGAAAUACAGUUGAUCACUAUGAUGAUGAUGAUGAUGAUGAUGAUGAUGAUGUAUCUCUUAAGGUACUGCCAUUGAGCCAAGUCCUUGAGAAGUUGGGAGAUGGAACGAAGAAAGUUGAGAAAUUGACAUACAAGAGACGCAAGCGAGCUCGUGAGGAUGACAAGGAGAGUGCUAUGGAUUGUUGUCAGACACAAAGUGAAGAAGAAGAUGAUAGCAUAACCAUUGCUCAGAUCAUCAAAUCAAGAAAGAGGUUCAAUGAUGUAGUGAAUACUGGAGGAGGAGAUGCUUAUGGUGGACUUGUGGUGGAUCACACUGUUGCAAGCUUUGCAUCUGGAGAUGAAACUGUAGCAAGACCAGAAAUAGAGGCAAGGAGUGAAGAGAAUGAUGAAAACAAGUCUUCAGGUCCUUCUAAUGGAGUAGCUGAGAAGGAAGAAGAUGAUAGCAUAACCAUUGCUCAGAUCAUCAAAUCAAGAAAGAGGUUCAAUGAUGUAGAGAAUACUGGAGGAGGAGAUGUUUAUGGUGGACUUGAGGUGGAUCACAAUGUUUCAGACCUUCCUCAAAAGCUUGCUUGUGGAGAUGAAACUGUAACAAUACCAAAAAUAGAGCAACGCGGUGAAGAGAAUAUUGAUGAAAACAAGUCUUCAGAUCCUUCUAAUGCAGUAGCUGAGAAGGAAGAAGAUGAUAGCCUUACCAUUGCUCAUGUAAUCAAAUCUAGAGAGCAGUGUGAUGAUGUUGUAGAGGAUACUGAAGCUGAAGGAGGCGAUGCUUCUGAAGAGCUCGAGGAAAGAAGUAGACUUGAGGUGCUUGACAACAAUGAUUCGGAACUUCCUCAAAAGCUUGCUUAUGGAGAUGAAACUGUAGCAGCAGCACCAGAGAUAGAGCAAAGGAGCGAAGAGAAUGAUGAAAACAACUCUUGGAAUCCUCCCGUUGCUUCUAAUGGAGUAGCUGAGAAGGAAGAAGAAGAAGAUGUCACUGAUGAUGAACGAUUGAAGCAGAGAAAACUUGCGAUAGAUGAGCUAGUAUUGAAGCUUGAAGCUCGUAUAUUGAAGGUGGAGAAGACUUUGGCAAUGAUUAAACAAUGGAAAAUCACGAGAAACCACACCAAAACUCAGUUUCUGCUUAGCUUCUUAUCAAAAUGA